AAUCGUCAGUGAGAUCACCCAAUUGGUUGUCUUCAAGUGCAGUUUGUUCUCGCUGUUAUGACUCUUACGCGUUUUGUAAUAAGGGUCAUACUGCAUAAUAUGGAUUACACGAUUAAAUUGUACCUUCAUUCCUUUGUGUUGUAAGGGUUAGACAGCUGCAUGUAAUUGUAUGAAAUCAUUCGUGUUGCGACAACCGUGCGUAAUAUUCGAAGGGAACUAUAUUGGAAUGUUGUGUAAAUAGAACUAUUGUUUGAUACAUAACCGGUAGUGAUGCUAUCGUGUUGAAUGACAUCAUAAACACACCAGCAACGCUAACUUCCUGGGUCUCCUGUUACUUCGUUUUCAGUAACCGCGGUACAAACACGCGUCGCGAUGUGUUAUUAUAUUAUUUUUGUGGUGUUUUCCAUUUUUGUGACUGACUGUACGGGCUUGACUCCGCAAUGUAGGAAUGAGAAGGGCGAGCCCGUGGACUGGUUUUACGUAUACAAAUUACCUCGGGAGAAAAAUCAUUUGAAUCCACUGGUUCGUCGAGGGGUUGCAUACAUGCAUCUAACUCCAUCUAAGCUAAGGGGAGGAUGGAUAAUGUCAGACCUGGCUAUCAGCGAUCCACGGUCAAUGGUUGGGAAGACGUUAUCACCGUUGUAUCAGGAUAGAAACAUAAUUUCUUUGAUCUACAAUGAUCAACCUCCAGCCACGGAGCACCAGCCGGACAUCCUUCAAAAUGUCGCUGAUAUGUACUCCAAAAGUAAAAGAGGUCAGAUGAAGCAGGCGGGUAUUAAAAAAUACAAGAAGUUCAAGCUUGGAGACAAGUACUAUGACGACUACGAUCUCGCUGAGAUGUGUAAGAUGCACUCCAAGUUUAUGAAGACUCGCGUCGAGAGCGGACAUACGAAGGGCGUUAUAUUGGGAGACAAGUUCACCUCUCUGUGGUUGGUGCAUUCUGUACCACGGUUCCCGCCUAUACCAGAUCUGAUGAACGGCUUAAACGUCAGUGGAUACGACUACCCCUCAACUGGCAUGAAGUAUGGCCAGUCAUUCCUCUGCGUCUCAGUUCAGACAUCCACCUUAAAUCAGAUAGCUACACAGCUGAAGUACAACGAGCCACUACUGGUCUACUCGCAUAUACCUCAGGAGUUUGACAAUGAACUGCCGAACUUAGUCGAUGUUGUCCGGAAUAAGACGAUUGAUGCUUCACCCUGGUACCACAUAGAGAGUUUCGAAACAUUGGUCGGCCGCAAGUUCCUUUCGUUCGCGAAGAGUGCCAUGUUCAAUGAUGAUUUGUACAGUGGCCUGGUAGCUGAAGUGUUACAAUCAGACCUCCUUGUGGAAUCAUGGACUAAUGGUCCAGGAACAUUGGAUUCAGAGUGCAGUAGAAACUUCCAAGUAAGAAAUAUAGAGCGGCUUAAGUUUCCUAUAGCAAAGAUGUCGUUUACGUCACACAACGAUCAUUCGAAAUGGGCUGUGGCCGUUGCACACAAGAUGCACAAUAGUCAGGAUACGAAAGUCGCGGACUACUGGGUUUGCGUCGGAGAUAUUAAUAGAGCGUUACCUCAAGAGUCGCGCGGUGGUGGCACAGUGUGUACUUCAGGACCUAUACUUUGGGGAAACUUCGCUCAUCUUAUAGAAUCAGUACAGACGUGGUAUAUGUACAAACCGCCAAGUAAUGUGGGCCCAAAGUUGGAUUCCGGGAUAAACUUCUCAUACAUCACGCCAGAGGUCGCUGGACGAUGGACGCCCUCCAAGAAGCACAUCUUUUCAAACUCCAUGCUACGACACACACUGAUGCCUAUGUAUAAUUCAGACUACACCCAGUACAUGGCGCUAUUGGUUUACAAUGAACAGCAAGCCUCCGGGGAGUUCAAAGGCUCGGCUUCGCUGGGCAUCAUGAUGGCAAACGAGAUGGGAGGCGUAUGGGUAGGACACACCGUGCCCGGCUUUCCGGACUUAACAAAGGCCGGCCCAACGUUUCCUUCGACAGAAAUUAAAAACGGUCACAUUCUCAUGUGUUUAUCGAUGGACCUGAUAACCCUGAAUAAUAUGGCGAUAGCUAUCAAGCAGACAGAGCCGGCCAUCAAGAGAAUGUUUAUUCCGGAGAAGAUGAAGAAUUACCUCCCCGAGUGGGAGAAUCUGGUAGGCCCUGGAAGUGACCCUAGCAAGAUGUCAAAGACUACUGUGAAGAAAGCCAAACUGCUGCACUUUGUGACUAGAGGCAAAUCAUUACGGGGAUUGAUGUUGGCUCGCAGUCCCGGCGACUCGCGCUGCCUCUACAAGAGCUUCGCCAAAACUAAGCACAUUGUGAUGGACGUGUACGGUCAUGCUGAACAUACGAAUAUUAUAUGUGAUAAAAAAUACAGCCUACGUAACAUCAACUCUAUAUCAAUAAAAUAUCCUGAGCAAGUGUACUACAUAAACAAUAAGACGGACAGCAUGGGCUUUGCAGUAAGCACAGCUGCCAGAUGGCAGAGAACUGGCAACAGAAAGCCUCAAUACUGGACGUGCACCGGCAACAUUGAAAACCAACCGUUGACUGCUAAAGGAGGAAUUAUUGCUUGUGUAAAUAAUUAUAACGUUUGGCUGACGUUUGAUAAUUUAAAAGUGAAAGAACCUGAUUGUGGAUUUAUUGUGCAAUAAAUAUAUUGUCAAUGUAUAUCCUGCCCAUGCUAAUAACCUUUUAAUGCUGGUAUGUCAUAAAACCCGUUACUGAUUCGAUUUGAAGUUAAAUAUAGAUGUCAGUAUAUUACGG